AUGUGUUGCUGCACGGAGACGAUCUCGAAGAUUAUCGUUAUAGGAACCAACAUCAUAUUUUUGAUAAUUGGUAUAGCUCUUAUCAUACCUGGGAUACUAAUGCUGACAGAUAUCGACUUGCUAAGCGAAAACAUCAAGCCACUUUUAGAACAAAUAUCCUUUAACGGUGUCAAUCUGGGUAAUAUCUCUGGCAACCUACCGAUUGUCUUCAUCUUCUUUGGCGUGGCUAUACUGUUCAUAGCCACAUUGGGACUGAUCGGAGCCUGCUGCAAAAUCAAGACGUUGCUUGUGAUUUACGCCAUCAUAGUUAUCAUACUAACAGUUGCAGAGGUCGUCAUUCUGGUGUUCUUCUUCGUGCUGAGAUCUCAUCUGGAUAGCACGAUAAAGAAUGAGUUCGCCAGUCAGCUUACGAGCAAAUACACACAAGACCUGCUGGAUAAGAGCGACACAGUCUCUUCGUCAUUCAAUUACAUGUUCAUGGAAGCAGAAUGUUGUGGUGUUAAUGCAGUUACUUCGACCACAAACGACUUUGAUAACAGUCCUUGGCGAAGUGGAGCUGGUUCAGGCAAGAAGAUACCAAAAGGAUGCUGUAAAGGUGUAACGGAGGCUACGUACACCACCUAUUCCAACCCCGCCUGCACUGACACCGCCACAAGUGGCACCUACUGGCCCUCUGGGUGUUACGAUGUAAUCAUGUCUACCUUUGGAACCAUUCUCAACUCGAUGGGUUACAUUUGUUUGGUUGCUGUACUGAUACAGAUUUGCAUCAUUGUAUUUACGUUCCUCCUGUGCUGUAGCUACAUGACUAGUGUUGUCUAGUGUAAACAAAGGGACUUAUGG